AUGACUUUCUUCAGGUACAUCCUCUUCCGAAGCCUCUGCAGUGUCGAACGAUGUGGUGGCGCAGCUGCUGCGGCGGCUUCGAGAUCCCUCCACCCGGCUGCGGCGGUGUACGCCACCACGCGGACAUUCGCCUUCUCCUCUGCUGAGGAGGCAGCGGCGGAGCGACGGCGGCGGAAGCGCCGCCUACGGAUCGAGCCUCCACUCUACGCUCUCCGCCGGGACCCCAACGCCCCCCGGCCACCCCCCGAUCCCAACGCCCCCCGUCUACCAGACUCCACAUCUGCCCUGGUCGGUCCCCGCCUGAAUCUCCACAACCGCGUCCAAUCUCUCAUCCGUGCUGGGGACCUGGACGCGGCCUCCUCCACCGCGCGCCAUGCCGUCUUCUCCAGGAUCCGCCCCACGGUCUUCACCUGCAACGCCGUCGUGGCUUCAAUGUUCCGCGCCGGCCGCUACGAAGAUGCCGUCGCUCUUUUCCACUUCUUCUUCGAACAGUCCAACAUCGUCCCCAACGUCGUCUCCUACAACUUCCUCAUCAACACCCACUGCGACGCCGGGAGAGUCGACGUUGCCGUCGACGUCUACCGCCACAUGCUCGCCAACGCCCCCUUCUCCCCGUCGCCGGUUACCUACCGCCACCUCACGAAGGGGCUCGUGGGGGCCAAUCGCAUAACGGAGGCCAUGGACUUGCUCAGGGAGAUGCUGAACAGGGGGCAUGGUGCCGAUUCCCUCGUUUACAACAAUCUCAUGGCGGGCUUCAUCGACCUCGGCAACAUGGACAAGGCCCUGGAACUGUUUGAGGAGCUCCGGGAAAGAUGCCUCGUCUACGACGGCGUCGUCCACGCCACCCUCAUGGAAGGCUACUUCAAGCGGGGGAUGGAGAAGGAGGCCAUGGAGUCGUACCAGUCGCUCCUCGACCGCCAAUUCAAGAUGAACGCUGUCACCUGCAACACCCUGCUGGAGGCUCUGCUCAAGCGUGAAAAGGUGAAGGAGGCAGAGGCGCUGUUCGAGCAUAUGCUGUCCGCCCACAACCCUCCCAGCUUCCAAGCUAUGAACACCGACACUUAUAACAUCAUGGUAAAUGAGUGCUUCAAGAAGGGUGACCCCGCCGCAGCCAUUGAGGUGUUCCACAGGACUGGCACAAAGCCCUGCACCAUGGAUGUCGGUUGCUUCAAUAACAUAAUCAGCAAGCUCUGCGAGAGAGGGCUGAUUGCUGGUGCCGAGAAGCUGUUCGAGGAAAUGCCUGCGAAGUCUGUCAACCCGGAUGAGGCGACGUACGGAUUUCUGAUCGACGCAUUCUUCAGGGACGACAGGGAGGCCGACGCCCUAAGGCUCUUCGAGAAGAUGAUAUCCGGUGGGGAGUCAGCCCCCAGGGUCAACGUUGGGUCCUACAACAAGGUGUUCAAGGAGCUGGUGAAGGUCGGCCGAGCCGUCGAUGCCCAUGAAAUUCUUGGACGGAUGGGGGAGAAAGGUCUGAGACCUGAUCAGGUAAGCUACAGCAUCUUGAUCAAAGGGCUGUGCCUCGAAGGGAGCCUGGAUCGAGCUCGCUAUCUACUGGAGGAGAUGCUGAGGAGUGGUACUGCGGCCAGUCCCGAGCUCCAGGAGGCUGUGAUGGAAGCUUUCGGUAAAGGAGGGCGGAUGGAGGAGAUGAGCAGACUCUUUGCCGAGAGAGCAGACGGUGCCGCGCCGCCUCCUGCUGGGCAGCAAACUUGA